GAGGACCGCGGACUGCUGAGCCGUCACUGUCGAACGGAAGACGUGAAUGAUAUAGAACUACACAUUCUAGUGUCAUCAUGAGAAAACGGAAUUUUCUCUGUGCAUUGGUGCUCCUGGUUUCAGGCUGUAAUGCACAAGCAGAACCCCCAUCCUACAAGUACUCCCGGCAGGCGAACGAGCACGCUCAGCAACUUAAGGAGUCCGACGUCCAUCCUGGACACUCGCACGGAGGACACGGCCACUCACAUGGUGGACACGGCCACGCACAUGGUGGACAUGCUCACUCUCAUGGUGGGCAUGAGCAUUCGCAUGGAGAUCAUGGACAUUCACAUCACGGACACGAUGACACGCGAGGCAAAGCGGGAUUCAUCACAGAACGCUCGCCCGAAGAUCGAUCGAUCGUCUGGGCUAAAGCUAUUGGUGCUACAUUGCUCGUUUCCUUGGCUCCCUUUUUCAUCCUGAUGUUGAUCCCCAUUUCCGGGAAACAGGGUCACGAAAACGUCCUAAAGGUGUUUCUCGCUUUUGCAUCCGGCGGUCUUCUCGGAGACGCGUUCCUACAUUUGAUCCCUCACGCUAUGACGCCCCAUGGCGAAGGUCACUCCCAUUCGCACUCUCACGAAGAAGGUCACGCUCACGACAACAGUGUAGGCAUAAGCGUUCUCCUAGGAAUUCUCGCAUUCUUCAUGGUUGAGAAAUUCGUACGACUCGUUAAAGGUGGUCACUCGCACGGGCAUUCCCAUGAGCCAACGCAUGGAGCUGAAGACGAUGCGAAGAGAACUGAGAGCAAAGAUCAACCGAGAAAAACGAGAGCUGCAAAACUGAAGGCUGGAGGCGAUGCAGCUCAAGUGGACUCACAGAAGCCAGAGCCCCCAGCGCCGAUCAAGGUGGGAGCGUACUUGAAUUUGGCGGCUGAUUUCGCGCACAACUUCACAGACGGCUUAGCCAUCGGAGCAUCUUUCCUUGCCGGAAACACGCCCGGCAUGAUCUCAACUGUGAUAAUUCUCCUUCACGAAGUUCCUCAUGAGAUCGGAGACUUCGCCCUCUUAGUUCAGAACGGCAUGACGAAGAAGCGGGCUAUGUGCGUACAACUACUCACGGCCGUCGGAUGUCUGGCCGGAACGGUACUCUCAUUAACAAUGGAAGGUGUAGGAGCCGCCAAUUGGGUUUUGCCCUUCACAGCUGGAGGAUUCAUCUACAUCGCGACUGUCUCCGUGAUCCCUGAAUUGCUCGAGAACACACAGCCCUGGCAGAGUCUUAAAGAACUCGUCGCUUUGGUCAUAGGAGUUGUUAUGAUGAUGGUUCUCACGGAGUUUGAGUAGAAUCCUGUGGAAACUUGGGAUGGGGAGGAAGUGGGUCAUGAGUGAGCUUUAUGUCAUCGAACGAGUGGAAAUCGUGAGAGAUAUGUGAAUAAAUCGAUUUAUUA